AUCCGCCGCCAGGCGCUCACAGGCAAGGGAGAAAGCCAGACCGGCUCGGAGACGUGGAGGGCAGACGCAGGCGCAUUUGGAAAAGGGACUGGUGGUGGGAGGUGCGGGGCGGUAUUCCUAGCUGCUGGCGGACCCGAUGGGGCGUCCUGCGAGGGUUCGGCGAGGGUUCUGUCAGGAUAGUAGCUGUGCGCCCAAGGAGUGAGAGGCACCCGGGGCUACUGGAGCCAGACCCUCAACCCGCCCUAGUGGUAGGCGAGGAAUAACGAAAGCCAUGUAUUCCCAUUUCUCUAGUGGCUAAUGACAUUAAAGGUUUUCAUAUGGUUAUUUGCUAUCUGCAUACCUUCAGUGAAAUGUCUCUUCAUGUCUCCUAUUUUCUAAUUGAAUUUUUUAAAACAAUUGACUUUUGAGUUAUUUACAUAUUCUAGAUACUGGUUUUAUGCCAGAUACGUGGCUUGUAAACAUUUUCUCCUAGGUAAACCUUUUCAGUAUCGUUACAGGGUCUUUCACAAAGCAAAAUGUAUGGGGUCUAAUUCAUCAAAAUUUCUUUUUACUAGUCAUGCCACUAAUGUCAACGUAAGAACCUUUUGCCUAGCCUUAGGCAAUAAAGAGUUUGUUGUUUUUUAAAACGCUUUUGUAAUUUUACGCGUUACAGUUAUGUCUAGCCACUUUUUAUUUACGGGUUUUUUGUUUGUUUGUUUGUUUGUUUUGGCGGGGGGAUCUAUGGAUGUCCUAUCUUUCCAGUACUAUUUGUGGAAAAGAUUAUCUUUCCUGCAUUAAACUGCUUUUGGACCUUCGUCAAAAAUCAGUUGGACCGGUUUUUGUUGGCAAAGUUUUGCCUGAAGCUUAUUCCAACAGGUGAGAAAAAGUCCACAGUUUAACAGUUCCUCCCCAACCUGUAAGCCCACCCUGAACUUCUGGACUAGCCACUCGAGUGUUGCAGAUGCCAAGCUGACCUCGGGCCGCUCUGCGUUGGGCCAGCCCCUCCCGGCUAGUUUCUCACCACGCAUCGCGCAAGCGGAAUUUAUGCCUAUUACCGACACUCCCUGCGCCCCCGCACCCCGCUCCUGUGCGCAAGUCGGAAUCAAACCUCGGAGGAUUGAGCGUUCGGGGCGUCCAGUUGGUUGUCGCGGCAGCCUCUGCGAGCAGCGCAUUUGUCUUCUAGGCUGCGUGGUUCGUGCCUCCGAGAAAGGGAGUCAGUCUCCUGCUGCCAGCUAAGUGUGGGAGAACUUGUGCGUAUCUCCCCUCCGAAUCCCAACGAUGGGUAACGUCAGUUUUGGCUCCAAGGAACAGCAGCUGCUGCAGCGGUUGCGGCUUCUGCCUGCCCUGCUUAUCCUCCGCGCCUUCAAGUCCCACAGGAGGAUCAGAGAUUACCGCGUCGUGGUAGUCGGCACCGCUGGUGUGGGGAAAAGCACGCUGCUGCACAAGUGGGCGAGCGGCAACUUCCGUCAUGAGUACCUGCCGACCAUUGAAAAUACCUACUGCCAGUUGCUGGGCUGCAGCCACGGUGUGCUUUCCCUGCACAUCACCGACAGCAAGAGUGGCGACGGCAACCGCGCUCUGCAGCACCACGUUAUAGCCCGGGGCCACGCCUUCGUCCUGGUCUACUCAGUCACCAAGAAGGAAACCCUGGAAGAGCUGAAGGCCUUCUAUGAGCUGAUCCGCAAGAUCAAAGGUAACAACCUGCAUAAGUUCCCCAUCGUGCUGGUAGGCAAUAAAAGUGAUGACAUCCACCGGGAGGUGACCCUGAAUGAUGGUGCCACCUGUGCGAUGGAGUGGAAUUGCGCCUUCAUGGAGAUCUCGGCCAAGACAGAUAUGAAUGUGCAUGAGCUGUUCCACAUGCUGCUGAAUUACAAGCAGCAGCCCACCACCGACCUCCAGGAGCCCGAGAAGAAAUCCCAGAUGCCCAACACCACUGAGAAGCUGCUUGACAAGUGCAUAAUCAUGUGAGCCCCGGGCCUUAAGAGCCAGCUCUUCCUAUCCUGUAGUGUGUAGAAAACGUGGACUCAUUUCACCGUGUUACAUGUACAUGGUUGAUUUUGUGCUGUUUGGACGGUAACAUCCAUAUUGUCAAUAAAUAUACCUUGUAAGUGGAUAACUUCUUUUUCCCAGGCCAGAGAAUUCAAAUUGUUAAAAGACUGGCAUUUGAAGAGGAGAACAAAAGUAGCAUGAUGUAUUUGAAGUAAGGCCUUUAGUAAUAAAUGUAAUAAGAGAAAAUGUUUUGAAAAGAACAAAACAUCAAAAUGCAUAGAAAGAAAAAUUGGAAGAUGUCCUUUUGGUAACCCUAUUAUUGUGUAUUACCUUUAAACAUUUCACAUCGUGUAAGUGUUUAAUCAUAUCUUUUAAUUGUGUAUUUAAUUAAGAAAAGUGUUUUCACAACAAAAGCUUUUGACAAAUUGCUGCGUGACAUUUACUGUAUUAAAAAAUGAAUAUGCUAUAGCUGAUCAUUAGGGGUUUGGGAGCAGGGAAAAUUGUGAAAGUGGAAUUCUCUCACUAAAGAUGUUAGUAGUUUCCUAUGUCAUUUAAAAAUGUUUGAGUAUUCUGCAUAGCAGUUCUAAAAAGUGUAACCGCUUCUUGACUUAAUAAAGCUUUUCCUGCAUGCAA